AAUGGUUACUGUAGGUAAACCUUAUGUUUAGGUAAAAGGGUAGGGACGUCCCAAGGAUCCCAGAUAGCAAUGUUUGGUGCUGCUGCGUCAUCAGAAGCAGUCUCACGCAUGCGUCUCUGUGAGUUUAAGCGGUCGAAGUGUCAGCAGCUAGGUACAGGCAGCGGCAAAAGAAACCCAGCUACAGUCCAGUGCUAGCCCCGACCACCGCAAGGACACAGGGCACAUGAACAGUAGAAUGGCUGCGUCUUCGAGCAGGGUAAUGCUGGGGCCACUCGUUGCUGCCAUUGACCAGGGUACGAGCUCGACGCGGUUCCUGGUGUUCAAUGCUAAAACAGCUGAGCUCCUCAGUCACCACCAGGUUGAGAUCAACCAGAGUUUCCCCAAGGAAGGGUGGGUGGAGGAGGAUCCCAAAGAGAUCCUGCAGUCUGUGUACGAGUGUAUGGAGAGAACCUGUGAGAAACUCACCCAGCUCAAUAUUGACAUCUCCAACAUCAAAGCCAUUGGAGUGACCAAUCAGAGAGAGACCACGUUGGUUUGGGACAAAGAGACAGGCGAGCCACUCUACAAUGCUAUCGUGUGGCUGGACCUGCGGACCCAGUCGACCGUGGAGCGUCUGAUCAACAAGACACCUGGGAGAAACAAGAACCAUUUGAAGCACAAGACUGGUCUCCCAAUCAGUACGUACUUCAGUGCUGUGAAGCUUCGCUGGCUGAUGGAUAAUGUGGACGAGGUCGCGGAGGCAGUCCUGACACACAGAGCCAUGUUCGGCACCGUCGACUCCUGGCUCAUCUGGUGUCUGACAGGGGGGAAGAGUGGGGGAGUCCACUGCACAGACGUGACCAACGCCAGCAGGACCAUGCUGUUUAACAUCCACACCCUGGACUGGGACCCAGAGCUUUGCAAGUAUUUUGAUAUUCCAAUGGAGAUUCUCCCAAAAGUGAGGAGUUCCUCAGAAAUCUACGGCUUAAUGAAAAUAUGUUCUAGCCUGAAAUCGGGCUCUCUUAGUGGCAUACCCAUCUCCGGGUGUCUUGGGGACCAAUCGGCUGCUCUUGUUGGACAGAUGUGCUUUCAGGAAGGGCAGGCCAAAAACACAUAUGGAACUGGCUGCUUUCUACUCAGAAACACUGGAACCAAGCCUGUCAUGUCGGACCAUGGCCUACUAACCACGGUGGCCUACAAACUAGGUCGAGACAAACCUGCCUGCUACGCGCUAGAGGGCUCAGUGGCCAUAGCGGGGGCUGUGGUUCGCUGGCUGAAGGACAACCUGGGGAUCAUUCAGACUUCCACAGAGCUGGAGAAACUGGCGGCUUCAGUGGGCACGUCGUACGGUUGUUACUUUGUCCCGGCGUUCUCUGGUCUGUACGCUCCCUACUGGGAGCCCAGUGCACGAGGGAUAAUCUGUGGUCUGACUCAGUUCACUAACAAGAGUCACCUGGCCUUCGCUGCAUUGGAAGCUGUCUGUUUCCAGACUCGAGAGAUCCUGGAUGCGAUGAACCAGGACAGUGGCAUCCCUCUGACCCAGCUCCAGGUGGACGGGGGCAUGACCUCCAACAGACUACUGAUGCAGCUGCAAGCUGAUAUACUCUGCAUCCCCGUUGUGAAGCCCUCCAUGCCUGAGACCACUGCCCUCGGGGCGGCCAUGGCUGCGGGGGCAGCAGAGGGGGUCAGUGUCUGGAGCCUGCGUCCUGAGGACCUCAGUGAGGUCACCUCUGAGAAGUUUGAGCCACAAAUCAACCCUGAAGGUCAGGGAGCCUAUGAGAGUGAGUUUCGAUAUGCUCGCUGGAAGAAGGCCGUACAGAGAGCCAUGAACUGGGAAACCACUGAACCCAUCUCUAAUGGAAAUGGUGAAACUAGUAUCUUCAGUAGUGUCCCACUGGGCUUUUACAUUCUGGGUAGCAUGUUCAUGUUAAUUGGAGCAAAAUACAUCACAGGUCAGUGUCUGCUUUAGUGUGGAUGUGCUAACAGUGCAUGAGAGAGGAAGUGUGUGUGAAACAUGUACAUGUACUUUGUAUGAACAAAGAUAAAUGAAUCUGACUGAACAGUGUGUGUGUGUACUCUAUCAUACAGACUAGCUUUUAGUUGAUCUGAGGGAUAAAGUGGUGUUUUCAAGUGUGUUUGUGGUUAAUCUGUAUCCUUUGCUCUAACUCUUGUCUUAACAAAGUUAGACUGACUAGCUAGUUCUCCCAACCUGCUGCUACUGCAACAAUCACAUGCUUUACCUGAUCGUUUCUCCUGCAGUAACACCAUAGCACCUGCUAGCUCUUCCUUCCAAGACUUAGCGAUACUACCAGCUUGCAUCAAUUGCAUGACAUUACCCUGUAGUUUCAAUCCCUGGCAUUUAUAGCAAAACAUCCCCUCCUAUGUGGCCUGGUGGUAUUAAACUCUUUCUCUGUUUUGUUUUU